AUGGCCGCAGCCCAAGACUCCUGGCUGAAGAGGGCGAACGUGACUGUUUCCGGGGUCUUGUUCCAUUUGUUCUUUUGGGGUCUACAUAUUGGUCUUUUUGCUCUAGGAUGGUACCUGCAAGCCACAAAUCCAAAGUUAGCGGGGCUGAAUAUCCUUAACUAUUCAGUCUGGAUAUCGCGAGGCGCAGGCCUUGUGCUUUCGGUCGAUUGCACAUUGAUCCUAUUUCCUAUGUGUCGGAACAUCCUCCGAUGGCUGAGACCACAGAUUAGAUGGUUACCACUAGAUGAGUCGGCGUGGUUCCAUCAGCAAGUAGCCUAUGCUAUACUAGUAUUCACAGCCAUCCACACCGCUGCUCACUACGUUAAUUUCUACAAUGUCGAAAAAGAUCAAAUCCGCCCAGAACUUGCAGUCGAGAUUCAUUUUGCUCAGGCAGGUGGCAUCACUGGCCAUGUGAUGCUCCUGUGCAUGAUGCUGAUGUAUACCACCGCACACCACCGCAUUCGCCAGCAAGCAUAUGAAACCUUCUGGUAUGCGCACCACCUUUUUAUUCCGUUUAUGUUGGCACUCUAUACCCACGCUACUGGGUGCUUUGUCCGAGACACCGCCAGCCCAAUAUCCCCUUUCGCAGGAAAACAGUUCUGGGAUCAUUGCCUGGGCUAUGAAGGUUGGAGAUGGGAGUUGGUCAUCGGAGGUUUGUAUCUCAUAGAGCGACUCUAUAGGGAGAUCCGUUGCCGGCGGUUGACAGUCAUCACAAAAGUCAUCCGUCAUCCUUAUGCCGCCAUGGAGAUCCAAUUCCACAAACCAAGCAUGAAGUACAAAGCCGGGCAAUGGGUAUUCCUCCAAGUACCUGAUGUUUCUAGUACCCAAUGGCAUCCAUUCACCAUUACCUCCUGUCCCUUUGAUCCAUAUCUCAGUGUCCACGUCCGUCAAGUCGGAGAUUUUACCCGAGCUCUUGGAGAUGCCCUCGGUUGCGGUCCCGCUCAAGCCAAAGAUCUUGAAGGCCUUGACCCGAACGGCAUGUACGAAGUGGCCCUGCAGAAUGGACAAACCAUGCCCGCAAUUCGUAUAGAUGGACCAUACGGUGCACCGGCAGAAGACGUGUUCGAGAACGAAAUCGCAGUUCUCAUCGGCACCGGCAUCGGAGUCACACCAUGGGCAUCUAUUCUCAAGAACAUUUGGCAUCUCCGCUCUAGUCCAAACCCCCCUCGCCGACUACGACGUGUCGAGUUUAUCUGGGUCUGCAAGGAUACCUCGUCGUUCGAGUGGUUCCAAGCCCUAUUAUCUUCCCUCGAAGCUCAAUCCGCCAAUGUAGCUGCUCACGAUGGAAGCACCGAGUUCUUGCGUAUUCAUACCUACCUCACACAGCGCCUCGACGCUGACACCGCUGCAAAUAUCUACCUCAACUCUGUCGGUCAGGCCCUUGAUCCUCUCACCGAGCUAAAGAGUCGGACAAACUUCGGUCGUCCUGACUUCAAGCGACUCUUCACGGCUAUGAAGCUUGGAUUGCUGAACCAGUCCUACAUGACAGGUCUUCAGAAUUCUGGUACCACUGAGAUUGGUGUGUACUUCUGUGGUCCUAAUACUGCUGCCAUGCAGAUUAGCGAUGCGGCCAAAUCCUCAUCAACCAAGGAUGUUCGGUUCAAAUUCUGGAAGGAACACUUCUAG